AUGGAUCAUCGUCGUUCAACAACAGCAACGUGGUGGUGCGCCUUGGCCGCGGUGGCGUGCACCGUCGCAGCGUGUUCGGGCGCCACCGUACCGCCGCCGCCGUCGUCGAUGGUCACGGAACUGCUGUGGUCCGGGCUGGAAGGCGUCAUCCAGCCGAGGAGCGGGCUCAGAGCCGACUCGAAACAAGUGCCGGAAAAACGGUGCGAGUGCCAAAGCCCGGAGCUCAAGUCGUGCGUCUGCUGCCUGAGAAUGAGUCUGCCUUUCCUGGAUUUGACCACGUCGCCAGGAUGUGUCAAGUUCAAGUACGUGCCGGAUAUCGAGUCGAUAGCCGUGAACGUGACUUACGGUAAAGGCAAUGUCCAGAAUGGUAUCAUCAAGGGAAAUAACCCAGAACCUGUGUGUAUGGAUGUGCUGGUAGGAUUCGGUCAACUAUGUGCUCGAUUCGUGGGUAACUCAUCUACGCCAAAAGACUUCGACGGUUGUUUAAAGUUAGAAGCCACCUUAUUAAAUGAAGUGCAAAACUCAAUCCCCAUGGGAUGCUUUAAAAUGGACCAAAAUCGAUUAAUUUUCAACUCUACAAUAGUCGAUGUACCGGAAGAUCAUUCCAACAAUAGCACAGAAUCGGGUGAAGAAGAGAGUGAAGAAGAAGGCGAAGAAGGUGUAGACCCCAGCGAAGAGGCACUCAUACAAGCAUUUGGAGAGACAGCCGUACAGGGCGUCACUUGGUUGGUCCACGCCAUGGGACUGAACCUUAACCAGCCCAACAAUACUGGAAACACCACUGCCUCAAACGGUGUAACUGACCAACAACAGCCCACUCCCGCGAACGUUUAAAUAAAAAUAUGACUCCAAAUUAACAUAUUAUUAUUUUUAUAAUUUUGAUUUUCUUAGGGUCACGCCUAUGUGACCUUGUCAACCCAACGUCCACAAACCUAUAUUUAUUUUAUUUGUAUUAUUAUUAUUAUUAUUAUUAUUAUUAUUAUUAUUAUUAUUAUUACUAUGUAUUUGGUAGUUUUUGCACGUCCGAAAUCAUCGUUUUCAAUCGUAUAAUAAUGGUAAUAUACUCUCUUGGGAUUAUAUUAACAUAAUAUUAUUUGAGUGUACAAAUGCGGACGUACUCAAUAUCACAUUUCGCAACAACGGUUUCCUAUAAGCGACUUAAUUUUAAUUUUAUAUUUUUAACUGUACGAUUAAAUUAUUUGUACCUAUUCAGUACAUAUUAUAUUAUA